AUUGUAGAAGUUGACUGGAAGACGACACCUUGACAACACCAUUGCAGGAAUGCUACAGUCAGAGUUUAAAAUGGCCAAAAUUGUGAAUUCCCUUUUCAUCUAAUUUUCAUUCUUCCAAUCGACCAGUCCUCCUCUGAAUCAAGGCGUCUUCUUUGAAAAGCUCCCGCGCCUUUCAUAAAGUGAAGAACCCUUUUUUUCCAAGAAAUGCAUUACAACCUUAUGUAUAAGAUUAGCUUAAAAAAAAGCGAUCCGAUCAUCCAAUUCCAAUUUCCAAUUUCCAAUCCAAAGUCUUCAAAGCUAAAAACCCCAAGAAAGCAAAGAAAAGAUUCAUCUCUCCAUCAUGAGAUUGUCACAUCAGAGAUAGACUUUAUCAUCCCCCUCCUCCUGCCUCCUCUGUUCUCCUCUCGUUUCUUCUUCUUCUUCUGUUUCUGCUCUCUUGAUUUCUUCUCUUCGUCGUCUUUUCGUCUUCGUUUUACAUUACUGGGCUUGCUGCUACUGAUAAUAUUAUAAAAGGGUUUUGAUUAUUAUAGUCAUUCCCAAUCACAUAAUUGGAGAACACCAGAAGGGCAGACAACGACAACAUUACGUCUUAAAUUCUUAAAAUAGUCUAUCUUAAAAGAAGUGAGAGAAAGAGGGCAAGAGGAAGAGAGAGAAAGAGAUCUUGCAGCAAAGAGCAGAGAGGCCCAGAAGACACAGCAAAGCAAACAAUCUUCAAGAGAAGCUCUCACGACGUGAAAGGCCACAGCGACAACACAGAGAGAGAGAGAGAGAGAGAGAGCGGAAGGGGGGUGAGAGAGAUGCACGCAUACAAUCGGAUUUCGAGUAGUGGCCACAACACUCCGUCACCGCCGCCGUCACCUCUGCGGUCGCCAAGGUAUCGGCAUGGGAAGGGGAAGGGAGGGAGGUUUCCCUCGGGGCAACAGCCAAGGACGCUAGCGGAGAAACUCGCUUGGGUCGUACUCUCCGUCCUCCUUCGUCGACAGGGUGUUUUCCUCUUUGCGCCUCUCAUUUACAUCUCAGGGAUGCUACUCUACAUGGGCACUGUGUCCUUCGAUGUGGUUCCACAUAUUAAGCCUCGUCCUCCCCCAGGCUCCGUUUACCGCAGCCCACAGCUCUACGAGAAGCUUCGUCCUGAGAUGGAUUCUGAUAGUUCUUCCUCUUCUGCCGAUGGGUUAGCAAAUGUGUGGAAACACUCUUACAAAGCUGGCGAGUGGAGACCUUGUAUUAACGAGAGCAUAGAGGGUUUACCUGAUUCAAACGGAUAUAUAUAUGUGGAGGCAAAUGGUGGCUUGAACCAGCAAAGGACAUCGAUAUGCAAUGCAGUUGCUGUGGCCGGUUAUCUGAAUGCAACGCUUCUAAUCCCACACUUCCAUUUCCAUAGCAUUUGGAGGGAUCCAAGCAAAUUCAGUGACAUCUAUGAUGAGGAUUAUUUCAUUAAUUCCUUGAAAAAUAAUGUGCGGGUGGUUGAUAAGAUACCAGAAUACAUAAUGGAACGGUUUGAUCACAACAUGAGUAAUGUUUAUAACUUCAGAGUAAAGGCUUGGUCAUCUGUCCGAUACUACAGGGAUGCAGUUCUUCCAAAGCUACUUGAAGAACAGAUCAUAAGGAUUUCUCCUUUUGCAAAUCGAUUGUCAUUUGAUGCUCCUCCAGCAGUCCAACGUCUUAGAUGCUUGGCAAAUUAUGAAGCUUUAAAAUUUUCGAAUCCUAUAUCAACUUUGGCUGAAAAUCUGGUUGCAAGAAUGAAAGAACGCAGUGCAAACAAUGAUGGAAAAUAUAUUGCAGUUCAUCUACGAUUUGAAGAGGAUAUGGUUGCCUUCUCUUGUUGUGUAUUUGAUGGUGGGGAAGAAGAGAAAAGGGAAAUGAAUGCUGCUAGAGAAAGAGGAUGGAGAGGAAAGUUUACCAAACGUGGUCGUGUUAUUCGGCCCGGAGCAAUCAGGAUCAAUGGAAAAUGCCCCCUUACCCCAUUGGAGGUUGGAUUGAUGCUUAGGGGCAUGGGUUUUGAUAAUAACACAUCUAUUUAUUUGGCAUCCGGAAAGAUAUACAAGUCUGAGAAAAUGAUGGCCCCGUUGCUGGAGAUGUUUCCCCUUUUGCAGACUAAAGACACACUAGCAUCAGUGGAGGAACUUGCUCCAUUUAAGAACUACUCUUCCAGGAUGGCUGCUUUAGACUACACUGUUUGUCUCCACAGUGAAGUAUUUGUGACAACUCAAGGUGGAAAUUUCCCACAUUUUCUAUUGGGCCAUAGGAGAUACUUGUAUGGUGGACACUCCCGGACAAUCAGGCCUGAUAAGAGGAAGUUAGCUUUGAUAUUCGAUAACCCAAACAUCGGGUGGAAGGCCUUCAAACGCCAAAUGCUGAGCAUACGGUCUCAUAGUGAUGCAAAGGGAAUUGAGCUUAAGAGACCGAAUGAUUCCAUAUAUUCCUUUCCAUGUCCAGAUUGUAUGUGUCGUGUGAACAAAUCAGAAGAUCAUAGAUCCUCAACAGCUUCCUGAUCUAUUUUGUAAGAUUUUCUGAUGGGUUGUCUUUUUUUCUGUAUCUUGGUAUGUGCAUCUUGUCGUUGAUCUCCUCAUUCUUUACAUUGGUGUAAUUCUUUGAUUUUUGCCAUCGACGAGAGUUGACAUACAGUUUUCAAGCUUCACUGAUUUUCUUGAAGAGCACAUUGCUCGGAUUAUUUCCCUUGGGUGUAAAGGAGAGUUACACCCUCCGCCUUUGUACAUGCUAACGGAAGAGAAGAGAAAGAAAAUUUUCUACACCAGAGUUAGCCGCGCAUUGACGACUGUUUAGGCUAAUUUUUCUGUCACAGCUGCUGUAUCUAACAAAGCCUUGACCACAAAUUGCAUUCAUUGCCCCAUCCAUUUUUGCCAUUGAUUGUAUAUUGUUUGAUCUCAUCAAUGUCUUUCAAGGACUGUAAACAUGAACAGCCAUUGUAUACAUUUGCCAGUUAUCAAAAUCAGUUGAUCAA